GCAAAUUCCCAACUGGCAGAUAACUGAAGCCUGUGUACAGCCACUGACAGAACAGGGACGGCUCAGCUGAUUUGGUUUAGUUGUUAGCAACUGAGCUAAUCUCAGUGACUCAAGCUGCUCCCGUCUCAGUGGAAAAAUACAGAAGGGAAGUAGUAUACCUUGGAUCUUUAUCAGAGCCAAACAGUUUUCUAGUUAGACGGUAUGGCGUGCAGACCAGUCCGACCAUAAUUAGGUCGUAGAGGAGCCAAAGGAAACCAUAGCUACUUUGUUUCUCACUCUGGCUCUGUUCAUGACAUGUUGUUUGUGUAGAAAGCUUGUUGUGCACCCAGCUGAGAGGAAUACUGAUCAGUUGCGCUGUAAGCACCAUUUGGGGGAGGGGGCUUUGUGAUGGAGGGGGAAUUCCUCAAAGGAAACAGCCAUGAGACGCCUGGUCAAGAUAACAGUCUUGCGAAGAAGACUCAGCUACUGGACCGCGGCCAGUGGGCGAACAAGUUGGAGUUCUUGUUGGCUGUGGCAGGAACCCUGGUUGGACUAGGAAACCUCUGGAGGUUCCCCUAUUUGUGCUACAAAAAUGGGGGAGGUGCAUUUCUGGUUCCAUACGUCUUGUUUCUGCUUGCUUGUGGUAUCCCAAUGUUCCUCCUGGAGACAGCCAUGGGACAGUUCACAUCUCAAGGCUGCAUCACGUGCUGGAGGCACUUUUGCCCUUUGUUUGAAGGGAUUGGUUAUGCUACCCAGGUUGUGAUUGCAUACGCUGCUGUGUCAUACAUUGUCAUCCAGGCAUGGGCUUUCUUCUACCUCUUCUCGUCCUUCAGCGCUGAGGUUCCAUGGGCCAGCUGCAGGAAUGACUGGAACACAGAGACUUGUGUUGAGUUUGACAAAAGAAAUGUUUCUUCCAACUGGACAGCAGCCGCGAACGCAACAACGCCUGCAACAGAAUUCUGGGAGAGACGAGUAUUGGGUAUAUCUCAAGGGAUUGAGGAGAUUGGUAGCCUGAGGUGGGAGCUGGCCUUGUGUCUCUUACUGGCGUGGGUCCUGUGCUACUUCUGUGUUUGGAAAGGAGUGAGAUCCACUGGAAAGGUAGUUUACUUUACAGCCACUUUCCCCUAUGUGAUGCUGGUGGUUCUGUUGGUUCGUGGACUGACUUUACCAGGAGCUGUAGACGGCUUAAAAUUCUACCUGUAUCCUGACCCGACAAGGUUGGUGGAUCCUCAAGUUUGGAUGGAUGCAGGCGCACAAGUUCUCUUCUCUUUUGGGAUUUGUCAGGGGAGUCUGACGGCUCUGGGCAGCUACAAUCAGUUUAACAAUAAUUGUUACAAGGACACAUUUGUUCUGUGUUUGGUGAACGGCGGGUCAAGUUUUGUGGCAGGGUUUGCAAUCUUUUCAGUUCUGGGGUUUAUGUCGUAUGAACAAGGACUGCCAAUAUCUGAAGUGGCUGCUUCUGGACCUGGUUUGGCAUUUAUCGCGUAUCCACGUGCAGUAGCCAUGAUGCCUUUACCGCAGCUAUGGGCUAUUUGCUUCUUCGUCAUGGUCAUCUUGUUGGGUGCAGAUACACAGUUUGUGAGCCUGGAGUGCCUCAUGACCUCGGUGACAGACAUGUUCCCCACUGUGUUUAGAAGAGCAUAUCGUCGGGAACUGCUGCUGCUUUGUCUUUGCUCUGUUUGCUUCUUUCUCGGCCUCCUUCUCGUCACAGAGGGAGGCUUGUAUUUCCUUCAGCUUUUUGACCAUUAUGUUUGCAGUGGCAACAAUCUUCUUCUUCUUUCAGUGUGUCAGUCUAUUGCAAUUGGAUGGAUAUAUGGUGCAGACAGUCUCUAUGAUGACAUCGAAGACAUGAUAGGUUAUCGUCCAUCGCCAGUUAUGAAGUAUUGCUGGCUUUACGUUACCCCCAUUGUUUGUAUGGGUACCUUCAUCUUCUCGGUGGUGAAGUACAAGCCUCUCAAGUUCAACAAAACCUACGUCUACCCGACCUGGGCUUAUGCUUUGGGCUGGUCCCUUGGACUGUUUUGUGUUCUCCUGGUUCCUCUGUGGAUCGUCUUUAAAAUGACUCAGAUGAAAGGGACAUUAUCGCAGAACCUAAGGCAGCUUUGCCGCCCUGAAAACCAGACGCACAACAAAGUAAAGCAACCGGAGCAAUGCCCUUUAAACCCCGACCCAAACACCCUCACUCCUGCUGCAAAUGAAUACAAGGCAAAUGGUGGAACUGAGAUGGAAAUGCAGGUGUGAGAGAGUGCAAAUAUUUUAUACAGUUUUAAAUAGGAUGUUUCUAUCUUAAACUUUCAAAAAGUUUUUUACAACCUUAGCAUUUUUAAGAAAUUAUGAUGAGCAAUACAUUCUGAAUACUUCUAGCUGCACUGGAUUUCCUUAUCAUGUCUGCAACCUGCACAAUAAGUAGUAAGUGUUAUCUUACUUUAAAAUAUCACUACGAUGUAAACAUACAGUAUUUACAAGCUAUUUUCAGUUAAUGUUUUUAUAUUUCAGUAUGCCACCACCAUAGAGGAUCAGGAGAUGCCAAUUUUGAUUAUCACUGCCCAAUAACAUGUACUGUUGCCACUGAUUUUUAGGCAAUCUUAUUUCCCAAAAAAGAUAAAAACACAUUUUUAAAAAGCUCCUAAUGUAGCAGCAACUGAUCUUAUCUUAUCUGGUGUUAAAUCCCGACUUUUUAUUCUUUGACUCAUUAAGCUUAACAUGCUGCAUGUAUUUGAAAUCGUUUGCCUUAUACAUAUCAAGACGCAGGGAAGAUUAAAAUUCAAGUAUACAUAUUUGCUCUAUUAGCUAUCUACUAUAUGUUAAAAAAUGUUUAUGGUGUUACAUGUAUUAAGCUACCUAUCUUUUGUUAAAUUCCCCCAUCAUUUGUUAUAAUAAAAUUGUGGGGGCUUUAAAACUGUUCAACAAACAGACAACUUCUAACUAUGCUCAUUAUCUCACUAAAUAAGGGGGUUUAGUUACGGGUCUUCACAGUCAUAGUUAACGUUAUGGAUGGAGUUUUAAUGGAUUGAUCAUGUAGACUGUACAGAUAUCUUGCUUAAAUAAUAUAAGAGACUGAGGUUGUACUGUUUCUGUCAACUAUGUGCUGAUAGGGCACUGAGAUCACCAUAUCAUGAAUGCUUGCUCUGCUUAGCAGUUGACUCAGAUAUUGAAUGUAGAGUAGCAAAGUGAAACUAAUUUCGGAUGUCAAGAGUCCAGGGUUCCAGAGUCCUAAUUAUAUUUGUGUGAAACUCUCCUGUUUGAAUCAUAACACAAAUGGGAUUAACAAGUGAAGCUUUAAAAGUCUAAGGUAUGCGCUCAUGAAAACUUGAGAAGAAAAGUUUACUACAACUCCCAAGAAGAAACAAACAGUGCAACCACUCAGCACAGAAUUCUGCUGCUGGCAGUCUGCAGAUCACACAUCGGAGUGCACUAUUUAUGCAUUCAGUUGUUUACAUUUUAUAUCAGUUUUGAUCAAAUUUAACCACUACAGUGCAUUGCUUGGAUCCUUAAUAAAAUCGUCAAGCAUUUGUCUGGCUUGUUGGUGGCUCAUGGGCAGUGUAGUACUUAAAUUAAUUUCAUAUAUAUAUAACACUGUAAAGAUGUUACGUAAAGAACUACAUAAGAAUUAUGAAAGGAGAAAUAUUUCUUAUAACCCCAGCUCUUCCCACUGAGAAUCUGUCAUUAGCUGUUUGAAAUGUCUUCAGUAAAUGUUGUGCAAACAAAAAUGUUCAGAGAUAUUUUAAUGUCAUACACGCACAAGGUAAUUAAUUCUGACUUUUGGCACAGACGAUAAUUAUACUAAUAAUGGUGUGAAAAACCAUGACAGCCAAUUGCUGGAAAAUUGAUUAGAAAAUUCUUGGCAACAUCACAAAUGUACCGAGAGGAGAAUCAUAUAUUAUUAAAGCUGAUGAAGUAACAAUAUUCUCAGACAUAAUACAUGUUAUGUCAAGUCUGUUGUAAUCACAUCAGACUCAAAGCACGAAUCAGUGUCAAAACUCAUGACUUCCAGUGAGAAUGACAGUCAAGAGUGACAACAUCAAGGUACUCAAAUAAAUUCAUGUUCACAUCAUGUAUGAGUCCAUGGAAGAGGAUCUCCUUCAGGUCCGCUUUUUGAUAAUUUUGCUCGCUUUAUUGUCUGUCUUUGCGAGCCAUUGUUAAACACUCGUGACUUAUUUUGGUAUCUAAAAUGUCAUACCACCACAUGUACUGUAAAUCACAAAAGUGCACUUUUUUUCACCAGUUUUUUUGUCAAAUUGUAUCCUUGCUAUGAUAAAUCAAUAAAUAUUGUUUCAUAUUG